UUAUCGAUAUCACCUGUAACUUUUUAUCGGCAUAGCCAACUUUACUGAUAGUGAAAAAUUAUUAAUUAAUUAAUUAAACGAGUUGAAAAUUAAAUUUGUAAUAGAACGAAUCACACAAAAAAUGGCCACCAAGACGAACACUAUUGAACGCAACUCAAACGGAACUGCCAAGUCAACAUCUCUGCGAGAAAUUUGUGCGCGGGCCUUGACAAAAUCGGAAUGGGAAGACAAGGAUGAGUUUCUGGACGUGAUUUAUUGGUCGCGUCAGGUGUUUGGCAUUCUACUCGGCAUCAUCUGGGGCAUUGUGCCGCUCAAAGGUUUUCUGGGCCUCGUGCUAUUUGCCGGCAUCAGCUGUGGCGUUGUCUAUUUGUAUGCCAUCAACUUUCAGAAUGUGGAUGAGGAUGCCUACGGCGGAGCAUGGGAAUUGGUGAAGGAGGGAUUUAUGACAUCGUUUGCCGGCUUUUUAGUGACGUGGAUAAUCUUCUAUACCGGCCUGCAUUACGAUACGAUAAUGGCGGCAAAGGCCUCAUAAUACUAGCCAUAUCCGGAGUUGGAGAUUUGCACUGCAAGAGAAGCAAUAAUAAUUGAUUCCAGAGUCCAAACGAAUGCUAUUCCCGCAAUAUCCAUUUGCAGCGCCAAAGCAUACCAUUAACCGCCUAAUUUUUUGUCCGUGUAGAUUGUUAAACUUUUAGACAAUUACGAUAACGAUGUAUGCAUUUGAUUUAAUUAUUUACAAUAAUCACCGGUUGUAUUUGCGAAUUUGCGAUUUUUCUGUGAAAAAUACAAAUCAGCAACCUGUUGAAAAUUAAGAUCUAUAAAGUGCAAAAGAAUAUAUUCA